GGUCUGUGAACUUCACUGACCGCAAAACAAGCGAGAAACUCCCUCACCGCGCUCGGAUUUUACAAAAGUGGGAGACUGUACGAUCCUUGGCAGUGUUCUGAGACUGUACAGUCACUUUUGCCCUGCGGGUGGACUUUACUGCAUUUUCACGAUCAAUUGUGCGCACUUUUCUGUUAUUUAAGGCGAGCGUUUUUGGUGGUUUGGAGCGCGUCCUGUUUGCACAGAGAUCGGACUGCGAGGGGACAGAGAGAUGACAGCUGAGAAAGAGAAGAAGAGGUGCAGCUCAGAGCGGCGUAAGGAGAAAUCUCGAGACUCGGCGCGCUGCAGGCGCAGUAAGGAGACAGAGGUGUUUUAUGAGCUGGCCCGCCAGCUUCCUCUCCCACACAGCGUCAGCUCACAUCUGGAUAAAGCCUCCAUCAUGAGACUGGCCAUCAGCUACCUGCAGACACGCAAACUCCUCACCUCAGCCUGUGCUACUGCCACAGAGAUGACAGAUGUAGACAGACUGAUGGACAGUUGGUAUCUGAAGUCACUUGGCGGCUUCAUUAGCGUGGUAACAUCAGAUGGAGACAUGAUCUUCUUGUCCGAGAACAUCAACAAAUUCAUGGGUCUCACACAGGUGGAGCUCACAGGGCACAGCAUCUUUGAGUUCACUCACCCCUGUGACCAUGAGGAGAUCUGCGAGAACCUCAGCCUUAAAGCCGGCAUGGGAAAGAAAGGCAAGGAACUGAGCACAGAGAGGGAUUUCUUCAUGAGAAUGAAAUGCACAGUCACGAAUCGCGGGCGCACAGUCAACCUCAAGUCAGCCAGCUGGAAGGUUCUGCACUGCACAGGGCACCUGAAGGUGUGUAACGGCUGUCCCGCACGAGUGCUGUGCGGAUUUAAAGAGCCACCGCUUACCUGUGUGGUCAUGAUGUGUGAGCCCAUUGGCCAUCCAUCAAACAUUGACACACCGCUCGACAGCAAGACCUUUCUGAGUCGCCACAGCAUGGACAUGAAGUUUACUUACUGCGAUGACAGAGUUACUGAGUUGAUGGGUUACAGUCCUGAAGAUCUUCUCGGCCGAUCGGCGUAUGACUUCUAUCAUGCUCUGGACUCCGACAACGUCACCAAAAGCCACCAGAACCUGUGCACUAAAGGCCAGGCGGUGAGCGGUCAGUACAGGAUGUUGGCUAAGAAUGGGGGCUAUGUGUGGGUGGAGACCCAGGGUACCGUCAUCUACAACAGUCGCAACUCCCAGCCCCAGUGCAUUGUGUGCGUGAACUACGUGCUGAGUGACGUUGAGGAGAAGUCCAUGAUCUUCUCAAUGGACCAGACUGAGUCUCUGUUCAAGCCUCACCAUCUGAACCGUUUCUUCAGUCCAAGCAAAGGCGACCUGGGCAGUGAGCCAGGAGAAAUGCCAUUCACCAAACUCAAAGAGGAGCCUGAAGAUCUCACCCAGCUGGCACCUACACCUGGUGACACCAUCAUCUCUCUUGACUUUGGUAACUCCCAGUAUGAGAAGCACCCGAUGUACAGCAAAGUGUCUACUGUGGUUCCUCCUGUCUCUCACUCUGUUCAUGAUGGCCACAAGACGAGUUAUGCUGGAGACACUGCCAAGAUGGCCGCCACUUUCUCUGUGCCUCAGGCUCCGCCUCCCAGCAGCACAACUCCCAGCCUAAGCAGCUGCUCUACACCCAGCAGCCCUGGUGAUUACUACACCUCAGUGGACAAUGACCUGAAGGUGGAGCUGACUGAGAAACUAUUUUCCUUGGACACGCAAGAGACCAAGACUUCCUGCAACCAAGAGACUGACUUGAGUGAUCUGGACUUGGAGACUCUGGCUCCCUACAUCCCCAUGGAUGGUGAGGACUUCCAGCUCAAUCCCAUCUGCCCGGAGGAGCCGUCAUCUGAGAUCGGAGCCCUGAGAACCAACCAGCAGAGCUUCAGCAACAUCACAAGCCUCUUCCAACCCUUGAGUUCCCCUUCAACAGCCCACUUCCAGCCCAACGUGAGUUCAGGAGGGGAUAAGCAGAGCAUCAACGGAGGCUCUGUGGAGACGUGGUCAUCUGUACCCUACAGCAGGGGUCCCAUGCAGAUGCCUCCCUACCAUGAUCCCGCCUGCACCCCGCUGUCCUCUAUGGGAGGCCGUCAGAAUCUGCAGUGGCCGCCUGACCCGCCGUUACCCAGUAAGGCUUUAAUGAUGGAUCCUUUAGCUGCAAAGUGCACUAGCCAAACUGUGCCAGCAAAUCGAAUGCCACCUUAUUUGCAAAGGCCCAUGGAGAACUUUGUGCAGAACUACAGAGAUAUAAGUCCAGCUCGACUUGCUCUUGCUAACAAUUUCAAGCGCUCCUUCACACAGAUGACAAUGAGUGAGACGCCCCCCACAAAAUCACAACACACAAUGUGGAAGAGACUUCGAAAUGAGAGCUGUGCCGUCAUGGACAGGAAAUCACUCAGCACUAGCGCUUUGUCAGGGUCACAAAUGUAUUUCUAUCUAGACAAAGACAUGGCCCAUAAUGGAGGCAUGGACCAGCAGCACAGGAAGACCCAGUAUUCGGGGAAUCAGGCCAGACAGGCGACAAAACGCUAUCAAGAACAGUGCUGUAACUACAGAGAGUUCAACAUGCAGCCUUCCUCCAAAAUGGAUGGAGUCGUGAGCCGUCUUAUCGGGCCCUCCUUCGAGACCUACUCUCUGCCUGAACUGACGCGUUACGACUGCGAGGUCAACGUCCCGUUGCAAGGCAAUCUUCAUUUGCUGCAGGGCAGUGACCUCCUAAGAGCAUUAGACCAGACCACUUAAACCGGUUUCUCCACAGCAAUGCAGUCCUACUUUACCGGACCCUAACUCUCAUCUCAUAGCCACCAUCCUGACAAUAAGCAUCCCAGCUUUAGCACAUCCCACAAACACCCUCUCACAGUCAUAUCUACCUGAGCGCAUACAUGGCAAAUGUAGCUUUGAUUCUAUUUUUAUUGUCUACAUCUUCAUAAAUUAUAUACAUGUACUAUUUUUUUUUUAGUUACAAGACAGUUUCUGAAUGAAUUUAAGUGUUUUUGGAGGAGUUUAAAUUUUGCUUUUUGUCUUCAGCUGUCCAUUUCUCUGCUUGUCAGAUCGUUUCGGCGAAGCUGUUUUCAGCAUAUUCUCCUCUUUUUCUCUAUCAAUGUCAAACGAAAAAAAAAAGAA